GUACGUGUAACAAACGCAUGAGCUGUACCUCCUUGUACUGGGUGUGCUGGAAGUAAUUCAGUGGAAAAGGCUAAUAACAGCAGAGAUCAUCACGUGCACGGAGUACCUGCUCCCUCGGAAGGGGGGCUGGACGUGAUGAGAGGCGUUUCCAUCGCUGGCAGCGCGUCUCUCAUAGACAUUUCUUGCGCUCCCAGCUGUUGGGUUGAAGCACCGGUCGAGCGCAGUCAAGUCGAUUACUGUACCAACUGGCGUUGGAUGCAUCAAACACUGGCAGACGCGCCUCGUUUAUUGAAAAGUGCCACCAGAGAUGGAAACAUGAUGUCGGGUUUGGAGUGAGCUGAAACAGCAGAAACGCUGCGUAACUGAGACCGCACGCCUACAACAACGAGGGACUGGUGCGCCCUGGCACCGAAGGGAAGCACCAAACUUCAGUGAUCAGCUGAGCAGCAAUUUAGACAAAAAAACAUCACACUGUAAGACUGAGCAUGCUUCCGCUAACUGUUUACUCUGAUGUAAAUGUAUAAUUACAUUACUCUAGGAGUGGAAGCGCCCGUGUUGUGCUCAUUUUGCUCACAUCAUAACCGUGCCAAUGCUGGAAUGGCUUGUGGCUCUGUGUAUUGUGAUCCUGGUGGUCUUAAUCUGGCCGGGCUCCAAAUAUUUUGGCACCGAUAGCCCACCGGAUGCUUUGCUUCAGGGACUGGGAAUUUCACAACAGGCAGCGAAGGACAAGACCGGGAGGUGCGUCUCAGACCGAGAGCAGAGCGACGGUGCCCAGACGGCCUCUGCGGGCGCCGUGACCGAUGAGAAAGCACGCACCGUGGCACUAAUCUGCAAACCAUCCGCGCUUGCCAACUAUCUCCUGAAACACUGCAGGACUUUCAGUAAUUACUCGCCGUGUGUCGGCUGGACGUGGCGGGCCAGCGCUUUUCUCCAGAGUGUGUACGAGGUGUGCUGGCCGUACGACAGUCCGGUCCAGUUCGUGCGGGACAACCUGCAGCUGAGCGAUGAUGGGCUGGUGGCCUUGGACUGGGCAGUGCCAUCUUACCAGAAGCGACGCAGGACUUCCAGUCACUCUACCAGUCCGGUUCUUCUCAUCAUCCCAAACUCUUUUGGGAAAAUCACUAGAAAUGUGUUAAAGUUGUGUGAAACGGCACUGUCCCAUGGCUACCUGCCAGCAGUCUUCAACCGCCGCAGCCACAACAACACCCCGCUCACCACGCUGAAACUGCAGCAGUUUGGUGACCCUGCAGAUCUGCGAGAGGCUGUUCGCUACAUUCGCUACAGACAGCCUGCAGGGAGACUGUACGCAGUGAGCGAGAGCAGUGGGUCGGGCCUUCUCCUGUCUUACCUGGGGGAGUGUGGAUCAUCGAGCUAUGUGACGGCGGCCGUCUGCCUGUCCCCUGUGUUCCGCUGCCAGAGCUGGUUUGAGAAUGGCCUGUGCUGGCCCAUGCAGUGGGCGUUGGUGCUGUACCAGAAGAUGUGUCUCAGCAGGUAUAGGACGGUGCUGGGUGAGACCAUACAGACCGACAUCCUGUUUUCUAGCUGUUCCUUGCGUGGCCUAGAGGAGGCACUGUUCUGUCAGACUGGACAUGUGGGCUCUGCACCAGUGGCAGCGUCAACUGGGACCAGCAGUAGCAGUGCUACUUCAGGUGCGUGGGAUGCUUACUGGGAGCGCAACGAACCCUUGAGAGAUGUGGAUGAAGUAGCUAUUCCUGUUCUGAGCGUGUGCGCUCAGGAUGACCCGGUCCGCGGUGACACCCAAUCCACCAUUCCCUUGGAACUCUUUGAGACCAACCCACAUUUUUUUCUCCUCCUGACCGACCGUGGAGGUCACUGUGGUUUCUCCACCCAGUCCGAGGGGAGUGCCGCUGGUGCAUUUGGUGCAGUCGGUUCCGCGGCUGCACCGAGCAGUGGGAUGCAGAGCCGCGGGACCAGCUGGAGCCACAGAGCUCUGCUGGAAUUCUUCAGGGCAACCACAGACUUCUUCGCUGCUGAGGAGAGAGCAAAGCAGCUCGCUGCAAGGAGGAGGGGGCUGGGGGUAGGCGCAGGAGGGAGGGUUUUCCGCCACCGCAGCGUCAGUACAUGUAAAAGAGUGCCAGCUUGUUCCCAUAAUAUCCAUGCCAUUUACAAUUGGCAAAGGUCCUACACACGAUGAGCUUAAUGGAAGUUAAUGGAUUGCACUGAUGCUUUCUGACAUUGUUUGGAUUUGGGAUGUUAAGCUCUCAGGUUGUACUCUGUCUGUGUGACACUCAGCCACAAAAUGUUAUGAUAACCAAAUCUAGAAGUUGUAAAGUACUGAGGUCAUGGAGUACUUUUAAGAGAGAGGACGUGUGUUACUUUCGCAUGCUCGAUGUGAGCCAUAGAACACUAGGACUGAAAAUAGAUCACGACAGGCUACAACCUUGCAUACAGUUGUUAUGUUUACCUGCUGAACAGUUGACACUAAACUCUCAAAAUGGGUGGCUAUAUAUAUUUUUAUGGACUGAUUGAAGUCUCUUCACUGCCAACUGUUAAAACUGAAAGAUUCUGUCACAGCUUUAUUAACACACAUACAUUUAUUCCUUCAUCAAUUCAUCUGCCUCACAUGUAACACAGUUUGCUAUAUUUGCAACCACAACUGCGUCAUCAUUUGGUAUAUUUGAAACCUCAACUCUUAGUUUCUUAGAUCUCUUUAUCCUUCUUAGAUUCUUUAUUCAAAGGAUAUUUAUUGGGGAGCAAAAGUGUUGAAAGUCUUGUGCCUAGAGUAGAAGGGGGAAAAAAAUCCAGCUUCAAAUUAAUUUGAGCUUAAUGUCAAAUGAGUUUAAUGAACAUAUGCAGUGUUAUUGUAGACAUUAAAGAGAGUUUACUGUGUAUAUUAUAAUUGAAUGUUCUCUUCUUUAUUGGUAGGUGGCCUGUUUUUCCCAUAAUAGAGGAACUUACAUGUGAUUGCCACCCAGUCAGCUUUUAGAGGAAAGUCUGUCUGAGGAGGUUAUGAUAUUUUAAUGAGUUGGCUGGAAUCAUUUAGUGAGUUUUCCUGUCUCAUCACUUAAACUCAGUGCUCCAAGGUUUCCCUGGCCGGGCUGCUCGGGAUCAGAGGGUGGCUGGUUUUGCGUUUCAAUGGAGCAUUCAAGACUUAGCAGCAUAAUGUUGUUUGAAAUAUUUAUCAAGUCCUUGGAAAUUUAGUUAUUUGGGUUCAUUCUGGAGCAUUAAGCUAAUAAAUUAUACAAACUAAGAUACAAAAUAAUAAACAUUCUGUUUUGGUGCUCAGAAAAGAAACACUUCAAAGGGCAGCUCAGCAGGUUAAUAAGAAGAGAAGUUUGACAGCUGAUCUUUGUCUUCUGUUUUUUUUUUAUUUUUAUUGCAAUACACAUGUUAAAUGGAUUAUAUUAUAUGGUGGAAUUAAAAAUGAAAAGCAUAAUAAAUGAGCCAAGAUGACAAACUUGGGGUAUCCACUUUGUGUGGGCACUAUGUUCUGAAAAAUAACACUGAAAAGGUUAUUUCCACUAUAGGGAAGUAAAUUCCUCAUUUGUACCAAUGUGUUAUAUAAUGUAUCUUAUUCCAAAUUUCUCACUAUCUUUACUUACAAUCAAGUUCAUUUUUAAAGUUGUGAUCUCUGGUCUUGUCAAACCCCUGCUGAGUCAACGUUCACAGACACUCCCUAUUAUAGUACAGUCCCUGCAGCCAUUCCCUGCUGUGUGUGUCUGUGUGUGUGACAGUCAUUGCAGUGUUUGUCCGCCCCCUGAGCUUUAUCCACUCAGACAGCUGGAACAUAGCAGUGUACACACAGACACACACAGAAUGUGUGUGGCAGACACAUCGUCAACACACAACGCCAUCACACACACGUACACACACACAAACAGCGAGACCCACAAAAAUACACAGAGAAAACACACAGACAUGCAAACAAGCUGUCACAUAACAUGCAGGAUAUUCUUAUGCACACUCAUUAUCCACAGAAAAUUCGCAGUCUCUUACAAAACAAAAACUGCCUGUGACACAGAGACGGUGACAACCACAUGUAAAUGACACCAUUAUUAAUUUAGACAGUGCAUCUAUAAAAGUAAUUCAAAUGUAGUAUAAAUACCAUGUAUGACAGUAGCCAAAUAUAUUUAAGUAGUAAGAAAGCCUAUGCUAAUCAUUGCAGACCUUAUCACUGGUGUCACAAAUUGUGUGCUUUCUCUUAACAAUAGGUACACAAACAUGCCUACCCAAGAUAAAUCACAUAUUCUCUAUACUAGUAAAAUAACAAUUUGUCAUUCACACAUUUGUAGCACUUUUAGGUAUCCUUAUCAAGAGCAUUUGUUUAAUACUUAAUGAUACAUUUAUCAGACCAAACAGUAAACCUGUGAUUAGAAAGACAAGUCUGUGGUGCCUUAUUUCUGGAAAUAAAUCUGUGCAGCAAAGGCUGAAAAACAGCAUAGGUGACAGUAGGGGGAUAGUGCAAAAAAAGGGGCUUUAUUAUACAUCCUGUCCUGUUUUGCUGUUGACAUUAGGACUCAUAAUUUAUGACCAAAAGCAGACACUUGUCUUGCAAUAAACGCUGGCUUUCAUUGGCCUCAAGCAAAUUAAGCCAUUAAAAUUAAAUUGCCCUUUUCCACAUUGCUUAUUCAGUUCAGAGCCAAUAGUCUGCCUCACUGAUCAGAGACUGAUUUAAUUAAAUGAUUGAUAUUUAAUUAACAAAGAACCUGACAUUCCCAUCCCAUUACACUAAAUCACAGGUUCUCUAAAUUGAGGCACACACUUUUGUUGAGGAUUUGUUGAAGUGGGGCAGCUAAAAGAAAAUACAUUAACAUCAUCUCAUAAAUACAAAGUGGUUACUGCAUUUGAAUCUCAGUGGAAAUAAAGAGGUGAAAAUGGGUUGUGAGGGAGUAGUUAAUGCAAACAUUCAGUUUAACUCAUUCAGAGAAAGUCAGCGAGCCUUUUGGCAAUUCACUGCUGUUUCCCUUUUCUCUGCAGAAUUUUGAUAUGUGCUAAAAUUUCUUUUGGAAGAAAUGAAUGAAAGAAUGAAUGAAAUUUGGUCUCAUACAUACAUUACAGGUUGGAUACCAAGUGUGUCUUUUACUACACUUACUGUCAUUUCCAUUUUUUUCCCUGAAAAAGUGUGUUUGUGGCCCUUUGCAUCAAGAUUAUUUUGUUACACUGCAGUCAGAUACAGCUGCUGAAAUGAGCAAGAACUGUUCCAGUCGCAAAUAGUCCUCUUGUCCUUGGGAGUCUGGACUUCAGAGUUGAACUUGCAAAGUUCAAACUUGUAGUUCUAAACUUGGCGUACUCGACUUGUCUCCCCCACUUGUUGUCUUUUGUUUUUUGUAAAGAUCAAACAAAUAAUGUACAGUAAAGUGUUGUAAUCAAUGAGCUUUAGAGUUGCUGGUGGACAAAAAGCCAGGCUAGCUGUGUCUCUGUUUCCAGUCUGUAUGGUAAUCUUAGCUGUGUCCUGGCUGUAGUGUACUAUUUAGCAGAAAAAAUGAGUGCUGUAACAAUCUUUUCUUCUAACUCUUGGCAAGAAAGCAAAUAAGCACAUUUCCCAAAAUGUUCAACUAUUCCCUUGAUGCAUUUUUCUCUUAUCUCUCAAGUCCAGUGUCUCCACUGAAUGUUUUAUACAGUCUUAGACAAGAACUGGCUCACUGAGGCUCGGAAGGUCUAUUCUGUUUUCAGCACUGAGCCAGUCUCCCCUAAAAUCUGUUUAUAACUGGUCAGCUUAGUAAAUUAAUCACAAGAAUGUCCACUGCACAAAAAGGAACCAUUAUCCCUAAUAGUUUCUGGAUUCCAUUGUUAACACGUUUCCUUCACAACUACAGCAGAGCCAGUUUAUCUUGUAGCUGAUGUGGUCAAAACUUUUCUUGUUCACAGAAAAUACCUGGAGUGCCUGAGAUUUUGUACAGUCACUUUGGAGUUAUUUUAGCUAAAAGGUAUUACGUUAUCAGAGUCUCUUCAGAGCCAAGACAGCUAAAUGUGAUCAGAGAGAUCCUAGCAACCAGCAAAAGGCCAACAAAAAUAGGAAACAGAUGUUUAAGGUUUGGGUCAUUGACACUCUAAUUGUACUGGGUUUGGAUGAUAAUCAGCGAGCGAGGAAAAAGAGUGUUUUUGUGUUUCUUUGUUGGCACUGCUUCUCUGCAAAUAUCCACAAGAGUUAUACUGUACAGGGACAGUGUUUAUAGCAGAGGACAUCUUGAAUAUCUGGUGUUUACAUGUGUGUACAACUUAAACAAAACACCAGAGAUAGUGUAACACAACAGAUGUCCUUCCCUCGCUUCUUUUGCUGAAUGUUUCAAAGUGUGUUAUAGGACUCCCAGUUUUUUGUUUAUUGUAAAACAUUUUAAUCUACUGUGGUAUAUACAGACGGGUGACAAAUUAAAGGAAAAACCAAUAUAAAGUGAACAACAUAAAGAUAUAAAGAGUCUUGGAUUCUGGAAGUCUGUUGGAUAGAUGAAAGACUAUUGCUCUAACAUAUAUUCCCUAUACUCAAAUGUUUUCCAUACAUGUUAAACCAUUCAGUGACCUAGAACUGCUACAAUUAGUUAUACCAUGUUUUAGUCAUACAAUUAUCAUACAUGAGAAUAAAUUGAAUAUCUUUGGGUUUUUACCCAUUGGUUAGAUAAAACAAGA